AUGACUGCUCUACAGAACGGCGAGGUCGCCGACGACGUUGCCAAGGGCAGUGAUCGCGCAGAUGCCAGGACCCAGGCGAGAACGCGAAAGAGCUCCGUCCGGUGGACGUUGGGGCUGAUUGUGCGUCUGGUUAUAUGGUAUACCCUGCUUAUGCCUUUUCUGCGUUGCCCGUCCCGUGUCGCCGAUCUCGAUUCCUCCUCGCCAACGGUCUGCAAACCCUAUCUAAUAGCACGAUCCCAUGUCGAGCCCUAUGUCACUCCAUACUACGAGAAAUACGGCGCUCCGUACGUGGACGUCGCGCGUCCGUACGUGCAGGUUGUCAAUGAACGUGUGUACACGCCCAUGGCCAAUGUGAUGAGCCAAGGGUAUGACUCCUACGGUGCCCCUGCGUUGGAACAAGCCGGUCUAUAUGGCCAGAAGCAGUGGGAAGCGCAGGUGGUUCCUCAGAUCCGUGCUGUCCAAGAAGGUCUGAAUGAUAUAUAUACAGCUCGUAUCGAUCCACAUGUCCAGUAUGUGAGGGGAACAGUUCUGCCAUACUAUGAACGAACCAAAUCAACGCUCAGCAACACCUAUUGGACAUACAUCGAGCCGUACUAUGCUCGUUCCAGUCCCUUUAUUGGCAAGACUUAUGCAUCCGGCCAAGAAAUGCUUGUUACAAAUGUCAUCCCGUUCACCCAACGGACCUGGUCAUCGGCGGUAUAUUUGGUAAACACUGAGUUAUGGCCCAGGAUCACUGGUCUCUACUCGGAGAAUGUUGAGCCACAACUUGUCAAGAUCGGACAGCGGCUGGCAAGCUACAGAGAGGGGAAGAGAUUACGUACUGUGUUGGGUGAUGUGGAUAGUGUCUUCGAAUCGUCGACAUCGGUCUCCUCUUCGACGGCUUCAGAAACCAAAGUGGUUGUUCAGACGACAAUCGCCCCGCCUACGGCCAAGACCCAUAAACCUACCGCCACUGCGUCGCCGACAACGUCGGUAGAUCUCUCGCGGGAAAAGAUUGACUCUGAUCUUGAGAUCUGGCAGACGAAAUUUGCCAUGGCGGCAGAUAAGGGUGUAAAGGAUCUAAAUGACCGUAUAAAGAGCAUUGUCGCAAGCCACGUGGGCGGUGCGAAGAGCCAUGGGCAAAGCCUUGCUGCAGCUUUGGAGCUUGUUGUGGAUCGUGAAAUAUCGAAUCUGAAGAAACGGAUUAUCACAUUGACAGAACCGCUACCGGCCCACCAAGCUGAAUCAGAGGAAGCUGCCGCGCAGGAGGAGCUUGUCAAGAGUAUCAGGGAUGCGGCUGUUGCCAUCAGGGAACGUGCCCAUGAGCUGAGAGAGUGGUCAAAUGAUUUCGACGAGGAACUAGAUCGUCGUGUCCUGGCCGCUGUGGAGUCUACACUUCAGGUCCUCGACAGCAUCCGCGAUCUAGGCCUGCAGGAGAUAGGCAUGCGGUGGGCGUGGAUGGAUGGUGUGACCUACAAGGACUGGGCCAGGUAUUAUGCGCUCAAAUCCGAUUUUGAGGACUGGCGUAUUGUAGUCAGCGACGUCGGUUCGACCCAUGACAGUAUCGAAGAGGCCAGAGCCCUUGUUGGCAAUAUCAUGGAUCAAGCAAUGGACGUCGCCGAGGGCGCAGCGAAGGAGUUAGGCCGGCUUAAAGAGGUUGGGCGAUGGAAGAUCCUGGCUCGUGAAGUCAAUGACAACUUCGACAGCAGAUCCGACCCAAUCCCCGAGCUACCAAAGCCCGAGUUGCCAGUCGAGAGCGGUGCGGAAGAGGACUCCGGCGAGUCCUUUGCUGAAAUCAACGAGCCUGCUGGACAUUCGAGUCCUGAAACAUCUAUUGUGGAUUCAGAGGACACUUCGCAGACAGGUUAUGUGGAGGACGAGGCAGUAACAGCAGUGUUGUCAUUCACGGAUGAUCCUAUCUUGGAGUCAGGACAUAGCGAGUCCUCUUCAAACACAGAGGACUUACAAGCCGGAACUUCGGACAUCGAGACCUCUGCCGGUAUUAACCCCGAAGAUUCGUCCGCCUUGGAUAGGGAAAGUAAUUCGGAACUACAUACUGCGAAGAAAGUUUGGGGCGGAGCUGCCGCUCAAGCAGUUCCAACCCUUUUACCUACCGACGGUGACAUUGUCGAAGAUGAUGGCCAGGCGGGAUUUUCCGAGCAGCUCCAGAGCUUGGUUAGUGAAGCAGGUGACAGGUAUGCAGACGCAACAAAGGCUGUGAGUGAAGCCUUACUCGGGUCCUCUUCGACAACGGGAUUUGCCGAAAAAGCAACAGAUGUGGUCCACGACCAAUACUCUCGUGCUUUGUCUGCCGCGUCGAGUGUACUCUAUGGCACUCCAUUGAGAGCGGACGAGAAGAUCUCCAUUGCAGCAUCUGAGAAAUACGCCCAUGCUGUUGCCGCUGCAUCCGCUGUCAUCUACGGCACUCCAUCGAAGACACAAGCUCUCGCUUACAUCACGUCCGUAGCCUCGUCAAGAUUGCUGGAAAGCAUUGCUCUCGCUUCUGAGGGACUCGCUCAGGCUCGAGCUAUAGUGCUUCCAGAGCCAACCCCUACAGAAAACCACGUUUUACUUGAUGCGCGCCGUCGUUACUACGAGGCCCUUGGGUACGCCCACGAUCAAUAUUCCGCCUUUGUCUCUUCGGCCUCCCAAGCCGUCUACGCUUCUCCCACUCCCACGCCUCCUCCGACCAUGUUUGAGGAUCUGGUCGAGCAAGCAAAGGUCCAUUAUAGUCAAGCUGCAUCCCUUGCAUCUGCAAGCUUAUCGGCCGUGGUGGCAUCUGCAAGCUCCAUGGUGCACCCGGAUGAAGAGCAGCACGAUGGGCCAAAUAUUCUCGAGGUAGCUUCAUCCCAGUAUAGCGCCGCUCUCUCUGUUGCGUCAGCGUCCUUUUCCAAGGCCUCGGAUGCAGCAAGCUCAGCUAUAUAUGGAACUUCCACCAAGCCGCUGGAAUCUCUUGCUAGCGAGGCAUCGGUCCAGUGGGAGCACAUUGUUUCGAAGGUUAGCGAGCAAGUGUAUGGGACUAGCACUCCCUAUUCGCACCAAGUUCUCUCUGGCGCAAAUUAUUAUUAUGAGGAAAUGUACAACUUGGUGUCUGAGGUGCUCGCCGGUGAAGACACUGCCUUCACUGACAGUGUGAUGAGCAAACUGCAGGCUGUAUAUGAGACACGCCACCCAACAUCCGUCCUGUCAUCAGCAAGCAGCAUCGCCAGUGAGGUCUACGAGUCCGCCUCCUCCGGAGUAUCAGCAUUUGCCACGAAUGUUCCCUCGGUUGACGAGAUAUUCGAGGCCGCACAGGGUGCUGAGUCCCAGCUUACAGAUCUCGCCUCCAGUGGCAGUAGCCUGGCAUCCGAAGCGUUUGCUGCUGUAACCUCACAGGCCCAGGACUUUGCGAGUACAGUGCAGAGCGCUGCUCAGUCUGUCAAGGAUGAGCUGUAA